UGUCAGGGGUUCAAAGUCUUUCUCAGAAAAUGAAAGAGAUGAAUCAGAAAAUGGGGACUCACAAGUUCAGAUUCUCAGACAUUAUGCCUCCCUCAUGGCUCUAUAAGCUCAAAGGCAUCAGCAGAAGCAGCAGAAAACACACUCCUGCUUCUCCCAGACGCCUCUCAUCUUCCUCCACCACUGAUGAUGCUUCUUCCUCAAGAAACACUCUCCGUCUUUCUUCAUCUCCUUAUCACCCUCAAGGCUCUUCUUCUUCACCACCCAAAUCUCCUUUCAAGAGAAAACUCAAACGUAAAACUGUUUACAAGCCUUCCUCCAGGCUCAAGCUCUCUUCCUCUUCCUCCUCAUCAUCCUUCAACCCUCAUGUACCUCUCACCACCACUUCUCGGAAUCAUCGCUCUCCAAAUGCAAUCAUUCUUGAGCCUUCUCGGAACCAUCGCUCAAAGCCAUUCUCUGCAAAUGCAAUCACUGUAGAGCCUUCUUCUCGGAAACAUCGCUCUAAACCAUCAUCCUCUGCAAAUGCAGUCUCUGAUUCCACCGUUGGAAGCUCUUCAGAUCCUGUGUCAUUCUCAUCUCCUUCUGACCAAAACUAUGACGUCAAGAACCACCACUCUGUGAAGACGCUCGAUGAUGUCUGUGAUGAAGAUCCUUCAAACUCAAGUCCUGUCCUGGUCGAGACGGUAAAGGAACCACCUCUCGAAACAAAGACACAACAGAAACUCAAGAAACCGAAAGCUACUUCUCCAGGGAUAAGGAUCCGGGCGCAUUCACCAAGAAUCGCCAGAAAGAAGACAAAGGCCGCCGGAAGAACGUCCCCGCCACAACCGAUGAAGAAGGAAAUGGCAGCAGAGAGUUUCGCCAUAGUGUUGACUUCUGUGGAUCCAGAGAGAGACUUCAGAGAAUCCAUGGUCGAGAUGAUCGUCGUGAACAAGAUCAAGGAACAGAAAGACCUUGAAGAUCUUCUCGCAUGUUACCUUUCUCUCAACUCAAGUGAGUAUCACGACACAAUCAUCAAGGCCUUUGAGAAAACAUGGUUUCAUUUAACUCACUCUAUGUAAUAUAACCAAAAGGCAAAAAUUUGCACACUUUAUUAAGACACACAUGUAACUUUUUUUUCUUUCUAAAAC